AUGGCGAGGAAGUGCGUGUAUGGCCUCGAUGAGAGUGAAAUCAGUGUACUGCUGUCGGAGAUCGAAAAUUUCCUGGUGCACAAUGAAGGCAAGCAGACGGACAAGGCCGCUGCGCUUACACAACUAGCAGUGCAGCUCGAGGCUCGAGGCGUCUUCGAGUCGGUCCGAUCGCAAGCUUUUCUGCGUGACCAAGAUAAAGCCAAGUCAUCUGUUGCUUAUGUAUUCGAUGAAUUAAAAAUGUUGGCUGCUGGCUUAGCAUCCAAAAAAGCUUCAGCCGAAUCAAAGGCGAAGAUUGCGUCAGACGAAGAAUCAAAAGCCGACAAGUCAGUACAGCAAAUCGUGUCGGCCCACGAGACCUUCGCUUCGACUUCUAGAGACACCCAAACUGUGAAUGUGAGAAAAAUGACCUCCGUUACCACCAAGACUUCAGAAGACAAAGCGACGUCUUCAAUUCCCACUGGAUGCCAUGAAGAAACCCUCAGCUUGAAGAAGCCAACGGCUUCAGACGGUAAAUCAUCGACAUUGCCAGAGCAACCGCGGAAACCCCAAUUCACCCUUCCGCUGCAUGACGCAAUGCUCGAUGAAGGUUCAAAAUUCGUUUUCGAGUGCCGUGUCGUCGGCUCACCACCACCGGCUGUGACUUGGUUCAAGGAUGGAAUGAGCAUCGAUAACAAUCCUGAUUAUCAGACAAGCUGUAAUUAUGGAAUCUGCUCGCUCACAAUUGAUGAGACUUUCACGGAAGAUUCCGCGAAAUUCACCUGCAAAGCCGAAAAUAUUGCAGGAGUCGCUGAAACGUCAGCAUGCCUUGUUGUCAAAGAGGCCAGACGAGUUGAAGACCUCGUCCCGGCCCAGUUUACGUGCGAACUUCAAUCUCAACACGUGAAAGAAGGCGAAGCCUGUCAAUUCGCGUGUUUUGUGGAAGGCAAUCCACUACCUGUCGUUCAGUGGUUCAAGGACAAUGUCAACAUUGACAACUCUCCCGACUACAUCAUUACCUAUAACAAUGGCAACUGUAUUCUACGUUUGGAGGAAGUACUUCCUGAGGAUCAAGCUACGUACACAUGUCGUGCCUCCAAUCCUAUGGGUUCUUCCGAGUCAGCAGCAGCACUGAGGGUAGAUGCUCUGAAGCCCGUUGAGCCGCCCAGUUUCAUCAGCCCACUCACGAAUGUGGUCACACGAGCUGGAAAAAAACUUUGUCUCGAAUGCUCAGUGCAAGGGACGCAACCCAUGAUCCUGUCAUGGCUUCAUAAUGGGCGAGAAGUUAGAGAUGGUCGUGACGCUCUUCUUGUUCUCGACGAGAGCACUGCAUCUCUGACGAUUGCCGAAGCUUAUCCAAAGGAUGGUGGCUCGUAUUCUGUGAUUGUCAAGAACAAGGGAGGCGAGGCCGCCAGCUCCUGCAAUGUUUCCGUCAAAGGUCGUCUUCCUGUAGAAACUUCGGAUUCGGAAGUAGCAGGAAGCGACACGGAGACAACUAAACCCUCGGUAAAGAUUCCGCUGACAAACGCAGUCGUCCGCGACGGCAGCCGCGUUUCCUUGGAGUGUGCGUUUGUAGGACAUCCGGAGCCUCAGAUUGCGUGGUAUCGAGAUGAGACCCUGCUUCUAGACUCAGCCGAGUCUCGCACGUUGUACGAUGGGGACAGGUGUAUUUUGGUGCUUUCGCAAUGUUCUGAGAAAGAUACCGGGCAUUACAAGGCCAUAGCGAAAAACAUCGCCGGUCAGGCUUUCACUAUGUGUCAUCUCGGCGUGUCAGUUCCUGCGGAUGAAAAAAAUCAAGCCAGUAAUUCAGCCCAAAUUACGAAAGAACCCCCGAAGUUCGUCGAUGUGCUGACUGAUGUUAAAAUAGCUACUGGGUCAAUGCUGCGCCUGGAAGGCAGGGUUACCGGAAACCCGCAUCCGGUGGUUUCUUGGUUUCGGGACGGAAAAGAGCUUCACCCAUCGACACGCGUCCAGUACACGUUUGACUCCAAUGGGAAAAUCGCACUGUCGAUUCAUGACGUCAGCGAAGACGACAGCGGUGUUUACGUCGUCAAAGUUUCGAAUCCCGUGGGAGACGCGCGAUGCACGUCCUAUGUCAAUGUUGUUUCUACUUCAAUGACAGCUUCGACUGAUAGCGUCAUCCUCGAACAACAAAUGAUAGGUGAACCACCUCGUUUCACUAAAAUAUUCACCGAUCAGCACGUACAGAAGAAUGAGGACUUGGAAGUGACCUGCGCUGUGGAGGGAAUUCCUUCUCCGGAAGUGACUUUGCAACUGAGCGGCAAGCAAGUAGCCACCAUUCCGAAUAUUGGAUUGUCUCAAGACGGAAAUUCGUACACGAUGAAAAUUCCAAAUUUCACGAAAGAGUUUUGUGGGGACCUUUUAUGCAUAGCUAGCAAUGCAUACGGCCGUGCCACAUGCGUAGCUAAACUCGCCCUGAUUCCGGAACCACCUCAGAUUCUGGAUUAUCCGGAAGCACCUCCAGAAGCAACAUGGACAAGUACAAUUCAGUUCAGUUCGACCCCUUCAGAGAAACCGAAGGACGAAAGUGAACUGAUAUCGUACAGAGAAAUCAUGAUUGGGGGUGCUCCUAGAAAGGAAACAUUGCCGGUCCCAGAAAUUGAAACCGAACCUCCGAAGUUUGUCGUCCCUUUGAAAGCUGUGUCCGCGAUUGACGGGGAACAAGUGGUUCUCGAAGGACAAGUGGAAGUCCGAGAAAGUUUGGAAGUACCCAGCCAUAUAUUGAGCCCAAUCUUGUUGAUGAAAAUUCGAUUGCGUUGUGGUUUGUUAGGAGUUCCAGAACCGCGCAUCGAAUGGUAUAAGAAUGGAAAGGAAGUCAUUCUGCGCAACGACAUGCAGAUUUCUUACGAUGGAGGAAAAAUUAGACUCAUAAUUCAAAAAGCUACUCCUCAAGACUCUGGAAAGUACUGCUGCACAGCGUGCAACAUCGCUGGUUCAGCUAACAGCACCGCCGAUUUGAAUGUGCGAGAACCGCAAAUUCAUCCUCAGUUCAUCAGUCCUUUGCAAUCAAAGAUACUCAAAUGCGGGGAAAGACUCGUGCUAUCUGUGGAUAUUAUCGGUUCUCCUACACCGCAAAUUUCCUGGUACUUGAAUAACGUUCUCUUGAAUCCGUCUGCGAACCAUCGGGAAUUCCGCAUAGAAGGGAAGACCCACAUCCUAACCGUUCCCAAAGUGUCUCUGAUCGACGCCGGUUGCUACGAAAUUCGAGCGAAAAAUGCCGUAGGCGAGGCGCACUCCGUUGCUACCGUCGAAAUUCAAAAAGUGAUUCAGCCAACGGUCUUGAAACCUCAGCCAAAUAGCCCAGAAAAGUCUCCGAAAAUGUCGCGGUCGACAGCAAAAUUCAUGACCAUUGACGGAAGCUUCGAGAAAGAGGAAUGGGCAAAAAGCACUCACACUAAAUUGCAUCGCACCGAGCUUCGCGUAGCUAGUCCGGUGGUGGUACUUCCUCGUUUCUCAUUGCACGGUGAGCGACAGAGGGUUCAAGCCUCAGAUUUCUCUCAAGACGCGGCGUACACAUCCGACCCAGAGCAUUCCGACCGUCGCAGCAAGUCCAUCCGACGACGGGCCGAAGCCGAGUUCAUCACGAAAACGCUCACCAGAUUCACCUGCGCCUCAGACAGCGAAGGCGAGCAGAGAAACACGCAACCCUGCUUGCAUCCAGGAAAAUUUACCCCAAUGUCCUCUGCCGAGAAACCACUGCGAUUCAAGUGGCAACCAGCUGCCGACCGCCGAGCAGCAUCCGACGGGGAAGAAGCGUCUAUCCCACAGGGUCCCGCGUGGAUAGCUCGCACCGUAUCGCACUCAAUGACUCAACUCACGCCUGACGGCAUCGAACUCGGGUUCACGCCGCACACGAAUAACCUUCGGCGCACGGAAUCGAAGUUCCACUCCACGACUUCAGUACCGGCGCCGACUCAGGUAUCCAGCUUCAUUAAAGGCGACAGCAGUAACGAAGUACCGAUCACUCGUCAACCCAAGCAAGCGAAACGUUCGAAUAGCGUUAAGGAGCUCAGGGAAAUCCUGGCACGUCAAGCUUCGGAAGAAAGACAUCACGGGAAGCUGAAACUUGCCCCGGAGCAAAUUCCAGGCGCCGUGAGACUACUACCGCCAUCGAUAGUUCCACAGAGUCAACGCAAAUUACCUGAGCAGGCACCUUUCCGCCCACAGCCUGACCCCUUGACAAAGCUGCAGGAAUUCAAAAAAUACGAGCCACUAUCCAUCAAAUCUAGUUUGACUCCGGAACCCAUGAGUACGGACAAUGAAAUGGAAGAGCACAAAAAGUGGAAACCAGCGCAUAGGAAAGUGUCUCUGUCGCUGCCUCGCCCGAAAAAGUUCAUACCGCGUGCGUCGUCGAGCGAUGGAGGUUAUACCUCGGGAGAGGAAAAAUAUUCCGGCAAAGCGGCCACAAAAUGGAUGCAUUCAGCCUACGACAGUGAUGCUGAUGACAAGCACUUCCGACCUGUUCGUCCGAGAUUAUCUUCAGCUUGCGAAAAAACUGCUUCUUGUACACAGCGAACUACUAGCACCACUGCGCCACACGUCGAGCAAUAUCGAUCACCAUUUUCUAGCGAGGUUGCUGAUUUCACUGGAUCAGCCUCGAGUGGAAUCGAAGAUUUCCCGCAGACUUCAAAGAAACGUUGGAUUUCGUCCGAAGGCGGGGAAAUAUUUGAUGGAAAACGAGAAAGGAAAUUAUCCGUCCAAGAAAUCACUGCAAAAUUAGAAGCUUUAAGUUCCUCCCCGAAAAUUCCCGAAAAAUCUGACCGUCCCAGCUUCGUGACACAAAAACCAAAAUGGUUCAAACCAAUUAAGGCACCUGCUUCAGAUGAACAGCCCUGGCCUCAUCCUCCCACAGAAAGUCUGACUGUUGCAUCGUAUAUAAAAAGUGCUGCGGAAAAGAAACUAGGCGCACCUCAACUUCAGCCGACGACAGCCGUGAUUUCGGACUCGGUGAUACACGUCGAUAAAAACGCGGUAUGGGAACACGGCACGACCUCGUAUCAUCAUCAGAGCGACGGCGUUGAACAUGUAGAAUCGAAACGAUUCGGAAGCACAGCCUCUGGGAUAGGAUUCAUCCUCGCUCCUGAGCCUCCACCGGAAAUCGGCUACAUGCCAAGGCUGCGACGAGGACCCGAAGAGAGACCCGAAUACUGCUCAGUGGACCCCAGGAGCUCAAGUGACGACGUUCCCGACACUGAGAGUCCGUAUCGCCUUCACGCAAGGGACCAGAAUGAGAAAAUGACGCACGAUGACAGCUCUAGCAUGAAAACAACUUUUCUUCCGCAAAUUCCUGCUGCUGUCGCCGAGGAGAAAAUUCCGGAAAUCAAAGUCCCGCCACAGUCUAUCGAUAUUUUGGAUAAUAAGGAACCGAAAACUGACACCGUUUCAGCAGAUGCGUCGGAUUACGGCAUAAUUUACUUCAAAUACGACAUCGGUUAUGAAUUUGGUUUAGUGAAACCGAAUGAGGACGGGUCAAAAGAAGGAAUCGAUCAUCAGCGACGUGACGAUCAGUCCAUGGCACCGAAGUUUGUCAAGAAUCUUCCAGAAGAAAUGAUGGUUAAACCAGGGGCACCAGCGGUACUCGAAUGCACCAUCCAGUGUCCCCCAGAACCGAGUAGCAUUAUUUGGUAUAGGAAUGAACACGCUGUCAAAUGUUCGCCUGACCAUGAGAUCAAGUUUGCUGAUGGAAUCUGUACACUGCAAAUCCCCCAAGUUUACCCAGCGGGCAUCUGGCUUCGAGCCAAGAUGACUCCGCCGCGUUCCUCUGAAUUCGCGACCGACGACGAAUUUUUUGCAUCAACUGUUGAGCCGUGCUGCAUAACGGAAAACAGAACAAACGCAAAUGAGACUGACUCGGAUUUUCGACAAGCUACUACAGCGGCGACAUUUGCUGGAAAGUCUCGCGAAACACGCCGCGGCGAUGCAGGCACGAAAUCUCCGAAGUCACUGCUGCCAAUCCUUUGA